UGUGGAGCACAGUCAGACUUCUGUUUGAUAACUAUCAGUUAAACAUCAUCCUCGUGCAUGUCACUGUGUGAGUGUGAAGCCAAGGAGAACAAUGUCCGCCAGGAUGUUUAUCUUCCUCUUUGGAGCUGCGUACAUCUGUUAUCAGGUCCUUGCAACAGAUUACUACCUUGGUGAGAUGAUGGUGGAGAGUAAUGUCACCCUGGAGGCCCAGACCAUCCUGUCAGCUCUGAACACAGCGAAACUUCAAGUGGAAAUUCCUAUUCAAAGUUCCCAUUUGGUGACAGUCUUACAUACUGAGCUGGUCGCAGAGUGCGUGAUUGUUGGGGAUGAAUCGUCUUGCAGCUGCAGUGUUGGGUACAUUUGGAGCAAUGAAGUGUGCUACACGUACAACUGUUGCCGUGAAACUACUUGCAAACAAAAUGUGUCGCACAUCACACCACUUUGCAUUGCCAAAGUCCAAGUUCGCAUCACUGGAUCAGUUACAUUGAAUACAGGCACCUGGGAUGGAACCCAGUCUAGCAAGCUUACAGAUGGCUUUAAAUUACUGAAUGGAUUUGAGAACCUGAAUGUUACGGGUCCAAGGUCAGACAACAAAGUUGCUGACUUUGAGGCAACUGUCACCGUCAAAAUGACGACUCAGAAACUUCUAAAUAUUGUGACAGACCUGGAAACAAAUCUUAAGGCCGUGCUUCAGGUCAACACCGAAGGAAUGGUCACCAUCGAGUCUCCAAAUGGUACAGUGUGCUACGAGUCUGAGCCAACACUAAAAUGCACAUAUGAGGAGGUAACCAGCAGUGCUGCCUGGUACAUGAGCAGGGGGAAUAGCCGUUUUGGGCUUAAUAACGGCAGUGUGGUGAAACUGCACCACAACUGUGCCUCAGCGGCAUCUUGUGUUGCUGUUACUCUCAAAGAGGUGACAGGCAUCUGGUCAGGCAAGUACAAAGCUGAAAUUAAGAUCAAACUAAAAUUAUGA